UGAAGCGGGGAAGUGGAAGUGGGAACGGCGCGGCUUUCUUUGCAUUGAAUUUUUAAGUAAAAAACGAAUCUAUUUAUUUAUUGUUCUCAUAAAAACCAGAUUGUAUACAAAAUAUUUCAAAUUUCUUCCGUACUUAAAUACAAAAAUCGUUGUUUAAGUGCGCAUUGGUUGCAUUGAAGGUUUGACAUCGAAGGUUUGAAAAAAUAUAAUAAUACAAUAGGUAACAUCAUAUUUAUGUCCUUCCAACUCCAUCAAACGCUAUAGUUACCCUUCUAUAUCUUCAGGAUAAUAUAUAGUGUUUGAUUUCAUUCAUGGUUUUGUGAGGGUGAACUGAAAAAAUGAGUUCCAUUGAUAUUAACAAAGCCGACACCGAAGAUGACAACAAAACACUUGACAAAAAGCAAAUAGAAGCCGAAGAAAAGGAAAUAAUGUUAAAAGCGGAAACCGAAGAAGAUGUGGAACUGAGGCGCGAUGGAGGUCCCGUUAAAACAGCACUGUCAGGAGAUAUAACAGAACAAGGUCGUGAAGUCAAGCCUAAGUUUAUUCCUAUCGGGGCGAUUAAAAUGCCUGGAUUCUUCACUAGAAAUUCUGAUAGAGAAAAGUCAAAGGAUGAAGAAGCAAUAGAAAAAGAUACUGAUAAUGAAAAGAACCAGGACAAAGCAGAUGAUGACAAUCCAAAAAAUAAUUUCAAGUUUUUACAAAGUUGCCCUUUCUCAAACUUUUUAAAGAAACCUCAAAGUGACGGUGAUGGAGAUGUCGAAAAGAAGGAGUUUGUAUUGUUCAAUUUCACAUAUUCAAAAAUGUUUAAGAAGCAACAACAAAAAAAUGCAGGCGCAGCCCUGGCUUCUAUGGAGACAUUAGAAGAUAAACUUGACACUCCAAAUGAUGGAAUGGAGAAUAUUAAGUUAGAUGUAACUGAACCAGAAGAAGGAAAAGUUGCCACUCGAUUGCCACUAAAAGAAAGAAUUCGUCAAAAGAAAUUCAUAAUUGAUGAUAUAGUAGUGUGCGGCAUUGUUCUGCUUGUGUUCCUGGCGGUGAUCAUUGGAAUAGUGAUUGGGGCUCGAGCUGGGCCACCAUCUGAACGCCCACUGAGACUCGGCAAGUUCAUCACCACACAGACUGCAUGUGGAUUAGUUGAAGGGGUGUUAGAUGAAGGCGUUUACAAAUUUCACGGCAUUCCGUACGCAGCACCACCCAUUGAUGAACGGAGGUUUGCUGACGCACAACCAUUCAACAACCUUUCGAUGUGUUGGAAUGAUACCCUCGAAGUACACGAACCUGGACCUGUAUGCAUGCAGUUCUUAGAGAAUGGAACAAUUAUUGGUGAAGAAGACUGCUUGACGUUAGACAUUAUCACACCUCAUGUAAGAUACGAUUCUCCGCUACCAGUCGUGGUUCUGAUCGGAGCUAACACGUUGGCCGGCGGUAUCAGCCCAGCUCAACCGUCAGCUCUAUACGCUCGCACAAAAGAAGUCGUUUUUGUACGCCCGAACUUCAGACUAGGCCCAUUCGGCUUUUUAGCCCUCGAUAUCAUUUCUAACUCCAAAUACCCGGCCACUUCAGGAAAUUAUGCUCUCAGCGACUUAUAUGUCGCAUUGCAAUGGAUCAAGUAUAAUAUAAAACAUUUCGGAGGCGAUGCGGAGUCUGUUACGCUGUUAGGUCACAGAGCCGGCGCGACGUUGACUGCGGCUUUGACUACGAUUAAUAAAGCUCAGAAACUAUAUUCUCGCGUGUGGUUGUCUUCCGCCUCGGUGAUCUUUCCUGGCGAACCGUUAGAGGUAUCCGAGAAAAAUAAUGAACAGUUUAAACAAAUCAGUAAGUGUAACGACAUCGAUUGCUUACGUCGCAUGUCUGCACUAGAAGUAUUAUCUUCAACACCCGAUACUUGGUUAGGAAAUACUAUAGAUACGUUGCCGAAAUCUGAGGAAUUUAAACGCUCCUGGCUCGUGCUAGACGGUCAACUGUUACGAACUCACGCCUACGAGAGUUGGGACGCACAAAAAGAAGCCAAGAAGGAAGGGAAAGAAAAAGUUUUCAAACCUAUGGUCUUCGGUACGACAGAACAUUCCGGGCAUUCAGAUUUAUUGCGUAUGAAACACCUCAAUUGGACAGCUGAUAUCGUCGAGAGCAUGGUGAAAGAGAGCUACAUAGGCGAAAAGAACUUGACCGCAACAGUAUUUCAGCAUUUCAACAAAACGUAUGAGGGAUUAGUUGAAAUAAUUUCUUCAAUUCGAACCCUUUGUCCAUUGGUAAGUUUGGCUAGGAUGCGUUUGGUGGCCCCCCUCUACGUGGUUCUGGGAUCGGGAGCUAGCGGUGGUUUGAAGGGUUCACGUAUUGCCGGCGUUAAUUCUGACGUCGAGGCUAUUUUGGGCACCUUCGAUUCCGAAGUACCCGAACAGAGACGGUUUAUGGCAGCUAUGCAACAACUGUUUUACUAUUACAUUUGGCACGGCCGCUUGCCCGGCCCCGAAACCGGACUCAUCGCUGUCGGACAAGACCUGCUCCCACACCACGGUCUACCGGCCUGCGAUAUGCUCAUACAAGAAGACAUCGUCCCGAGGUACGCGCACGUUGACUAAAUGAAUAUAGCGUUUUGAAACAUUUUUAUUCGUAUAUACGCGUUUAUUUAAUUGUAUGCUUAAAUGUUUUUAAUCUUAAACCCCAGUAAUUGUAAUGUAGCCGUAAGAGACAUUUUGUUUUCGUACCGCACGUUUUUUUUAUUAUUUAAUAUUUAGUUUGUAAUGUCGAAACUUGCCACCGCUCGAUCUCCAAAGAGGCUUUUAUAAAACCAACGUUAAGAUUUAAAAGUAUUACCUUUAUGUAUUUUUGAGCUCUACAAUUGAAGCGCUUAUUGUAAUUUAAAAUACUCAACAUGAUUAAUGUUUCAUAAUAUAAAGUACAAACUUUUGAGAAAUAUACUACCAUCUCAAAUAAUUUUUAAAAUAUUGUGUAUAUUAUAAGACUGACAAUGGAUCUGUUCUACAUUGAUCUCGUUACUGCUUUUAUAACCAAUUGAUCGGUGAUAAUUGAUAAAAAUAAUGCUCAUUUGAUUUUUAAGUGUAUUGGUAGUUACCCUGUUUACAUUGAAACAUACCAUAAAAAUAUAGGCAUAGACUUUGUUAGGAUAAGUAUAAGUUUUGUAUUUUUUUACUUUCGUAAACUCCAUUUGUAUUUAUAAUAAUAAUUGUGAACUGUAAUUUAUAUCCCAAAUGUUUACUUGUGAUUUCAUUUAAAGUCUGAUUAUCCAAAGAGUGAUUAUUAUAAUUAGCUUUUGUACCACAUAACCAUAGUUAGUGUUGUGUCAUGUAACAAUUUAAGUGUGAUAGGCAUAGUCUUUUUAAUAGCAUUUUAAUAUUCAUUUUUAUCGUCAUUUAGCUUGAGUUUGACCAUCAAGUAAUUGUGAAAUGCUUUAAAGAUUUUAUAUGAUUUUUAAUAAUACUAUCAGAUGCCAAAGGAUACCAUUGCCGACUUGUUAUUGUCGAAUUUAUAAUUCUUAUCUGCUUUAAAAUGUGAAUGCACUUGUGAUGACUCUUUUUUCUGAAUCGCGGAAGUGAAAUGUUUUUGCUACUUUAUCCAGAAACACCAUUUCCUGACGACAUACUUCGGGGCCUUAACAGUUAACAGCCGCAUAUGAAAAAAAUAAUAUAUUGCUUGCAUGAUUCAGAACGAGGUGUACACACUUUUAAACAUAUCUUUAGUUUUAACGUGUGACUGUAUUUUUAUAUUUAAUAAAACAGCCUAUAAUUUUUUUUGCGAUACCAUUGAACACUAGAAUAAUUAAGUAGAUAGUUUUGCUUUGUUUUGUAAAUUGGUAUUUUCGAAAAUAAAAGUGUAAUACUGUAA